AUCGCUGCUAUUACCAUUAAAUAAAUAGACCGCUCGCGCUCGUUAGUUCCACUCCAACCACAACGCAUUGAACAUCUCAAUCGACUCGAGCCACCGACUGAGGAUGGGCACCUGGAAGCGACCGGAUCACAUCUCCUUCCCCCAAACGUGGCACACAUUCAAAGCCAAAGAUCCCACCAGCAGCCGCUUGGCCAACUAUCGCGUACAAGAUCUCCCACCGGAACGAGUCGACGAUGCCAUCCAGCAUAUGUGCACCCAUUUCCUGAGAGAUGAGCCCAUAUGUCGGAGCCUUGGGUUGACCGACGACCCCGUUGGGGUACGUGAAAUGGCAACCGUCUGGCGAAAGGUGGCCCAGCAGCAGUGUGUCGUUGCUUGUUUCCGCGAGGAAAGCGACGAAAUCGUGGGACUGAAUAUGCUGACGGUUGUAACGCGAGAUGACCCAGCGGACAGUUCAAAGUUUGAGAGUGCCGCGGUGAGAGAUUUUGUCAAUUCGACGCUCUACAUGACCAAACAGGCGGAUUUAUUCGAAACGCAUCAGGUGGAUUGUUUUCUGUCGGCAUGGGGCCUGUCGGUUCAUCCCGCCUACCGAGGGUUGGGAAUUGCGACUGAGAUACUUCGAGCACGAAUACCCUUUUGUCGGGCACUGGGGCUGACUCUCAGUGCAACGGUAUUUUCCCAUCCGGGAUCACAGGUGCCCGCGGCAAAGGUGGGAUUCGAGGAUGCAGUGGUGGAGCGAUUCGUGGAUUUGGCCGCCAAGGGAUAUCGUCUGUCGGUGCCGGUGGAAUUCAAUAAACUAAUGACGCUCAAAGUUAAAUAAAAGGAGGUAACGGUGGUAAAAAAAUA